CAACACUAGAGUAUUUCAGUCAAAAUGAGGUUUUAUAUUUUGUUAUUGCUGGCUCUAUUUGCCGUUUGUGCUGCUGAAGAAUUGGAGAGCUCAGUUUCAAAUGACACCGAUGCUGAAGCCCAAUCAAGGAAAUCUUAUAAAAGACAUAGAAUAUCACGAAUAAUGAAGAUUCCAUUAAGUGCACGACAAUCAGUGUUGAAUGCCCAAACCGGUUCGAACGCAGCAGAUAUUGAUAAGAAUAAUGGCUCCAAUCAAGUAAUAAUGAGAAAUUUAUUUAAUGGUGGUAGGAAGAACAGCAUUGAAACAAAAUUAGGUGGGCGAAUAAUAUUGACAGAAAACAUUGGACCUUAUAUACAUUCCCUUGUUGGAAAUGGGAAAAACUCAACACAGGCCAAACAAUUGCUUUUUAGCAUUAAUAGUAAUGGUAAAUUUGUAGUAAGGGAUCCAAAAAAGGAUGGUACAGAAAAAGAAACUGAGAUAGAGGGAAAAGCAUUGGAGAUCCUACUGCAGCAUUUAAACAUAAGUAAAGAUGAUCUUGGUGAAGGUAGAAGCGGAAACUUGCUGAUUAUAUAUUCUGAUUUGGAGAAGCCUGCAGUUAAAAAUACGCAAACGACUGUAGAAAUAAUAGAAAAAAUAAAAAAGGUGGACAGAAUCUUGCUUCGUUUGUUCUUAAAAUACAAUAUUUCGACGAGUAUCUACGAUAAAAUAGUAUCAAAUAAAACGUUUAGUAAAAACUCUACUGUAGAAGAAACUAUAAAAGUAGAACAUGAACAUUAUAAAGCCCUUAUCAAAGCCCUCCUCCAUCAUUUAAUUGUGUCAGGCGGGAACAGUAAGAAAGUUAUCAAAAUUCUCAACAGUAUUGUGUCAGAAAACAAUAUUGAAAUCAACGUUGAAAACCUGUAUACGAAUGAGAUGGAAGAAAUAUUAAGUGAUCAUCAAACGGAAAAUAAAAAUUCUUCAAAAAAAUAUAUUGAAAGUAAUGAUGCUCUUGUAAGCAGUGACAGCGUCUCUGAUGAAAGUUCAAAUGAUCCUUAUGUUAUUGAAGAAACAGAUCCGUAUCAAUUGGUACCUCUCUCGAUGGAAGAAAUAUUAGGUGAUCGUCAAACGAAAAAUAAAAAUUCUUCAAAAAAAUAUGUUGAAAGUAAUGAUGCUCUUGUAAGCAGUGACAGCGUCUCUGAUGAAAGUUCAAAUGAUCCUUAUGUUAUUGAAGAAACAGUUCCGUAUCAAUUGGUACCUCUCUCGAUGGAAGAAAUAUUAGGUGAUCGUCAAACGAAAAAUAAAAAUUCUUCAAAAAAAUAUGUUGAAAGUAAUGAUGCUCUUGUAAGCAGUGACAGCGUCUCUGAUGAAAGUUCAAAUGAUCCUUAUGUUAUUGAAGAAACAGAUCCGUAUCAAUUGGUACCUCUCUCGAUGGAAGAAAUAUUAGGUGAUCGUCAAACGAAAAAUAAAAAUUCUUCAAAAAAAUAUGUUGAAAGUAAUGAUGCUCUUGUAAGCAGUGACAGCGUCUCUGAUGAAAGUUCAAAUGAUCCUUAUGUUAUUGAAGAAACAGAUCCGUAUCAAUUGGUACCUCUCUCGAUGGAAGAAAUAUUAGGUGAUCGUCAAACGGAAAAACAAAAUUCUUCAAAAAAAUAUAUUGAAAGUAAUGAUGCUCUUGUAAGCAGUGACAGUGUCUCUGAUGAAAGUUCAAAUGAUCCUUAUGUUAUUGAAGAAACAGAUCCGUAUCAAUUGGUACCUCUCUCGGUAGGAACAUUUAAUGUAAUUUACACAAAAUAA